AUGCGUGGUAAAGGCUUGACAAGGCAGUGUGGGCAAAUUGGUGCGGCAUGGCACAACAUGCGCGCCAAAGACAAAGGACGGGCAACUCGGUUUGUGGUAGCGGCAAUGUUGCAGACAAGUGCAGUUACUUUAAAAGAUGGAGACAAACUUAACUAUGAUCAUUAUCGUUCCUACAGCUAUACGUUAUUUGCUGUGAUAGCAGGAGUUGUUUACAGUAUAUUGCACAUUCCUUUUGCAAUAUAUUUCCUCAUAACAAAGAAGCGUUUGAUAAGUCACAAGGUCUUUCGCGUGAUUGAAUUCUACUGUGAUAAGAUUAUACUUUGCCUACUAGCAACUGGAGCUGCUGCAAUGUUAGGUGCAACCAUGGAUUUACUGAGAAUUCGUUAUGAAAAUGACAACUCCAAAAAACAUGACUUCUUGAACCUGAUGUUCAUUCCAGCAGCAUUCCUUUUGGCUGGAUUUGUGGGCUCUGGAAUAUCUUCUGUCUUAUCAUCCUUUAGUCUCCAUAAAGUGUGA